AUGCCAGAAGCCCACGACGUCCCUGUCCUCAUCGUAGGCGGAGGCAUAGUCGGCCUGUGUGCCUCGCUGUUCCUCUCCCACCAGGGCGUCAAGUCGCUCGUCGUCGAGCGCCACGCCGGCACCUCGAUCCACCCGCGCGCCCGCGGCGUCAACCGCCGCACCAUGGAGCUGUUCCGCGAGAUCGGCGUCGCCGACGCCGUGCGCGACGCCGGCGCCGACCUGUCCCCGAGCAUGGGCAUCUACCAUGGGCGCUCGCUCGCCGAGGUGAUCGAGCCGCUGAAGCGGUCGGCGGCGGCGGCACCGGCGGGCGGGCGGAGAAUGCCCGGCGCGGCGUACUUUGAGUGGCUCGGCCCCGCGGAGGGCGCGCGGGGCACCCAGGACAAGGUCGAGCCCGUGCUGCUCGCUGCGGCGCGCGAGCGCGGGGGCGAGAUGCGUUUCCACACCGAGUGCGUCGGCUUUGACCAAGACGAGAACGGCAUCACGGCCACGCUGCGGGAUCGCACCACCGAGGCCGAAAGUCCUGUGCGCGCGGCGUACAUGAUUGCUGCCGACGGGGCUGGGAGCCCCGUGCGGCGAGAGCUCGGCGUGCCGACGACUGGCGCCGGCAGGCUCGGGUACCUGCUCAACAUCCUAUUCGAGGCUGACCUCGCCGAGCUGGUCCGCGGUCGCGAGUUCAGUCUGUGUCUCGUUGACAGGCCUGAGGUCAAGGGUCUGUUUACUUCCAUCAACAACUCUGACGUCUGGGUGUUUCACCUCUCCUACAUCCCCGGGCCGGGCAGCCAUGCAGAGGACUUCACACCCGAGAGGUGUCGAGACUUGAUCAGGAUCGCUCUUGGCAUGCCAGACGUCGACAUCCACGUCAAGAGCAUCCUCCCUUGGGAGCCAACAGUGCGGGUAGCGGAGAGCUUCCAGCACGGGCGUAUAUUUCUCGCGGGAGAUGCGGCUCAUCAGAUGCCUCCGUACGGAGGCCAGGGGGCGACUUCUGGCAUCGCAGACGUCCACAACUUGGCCUGGAAGCUUGCAGCAGUCUUGAACAAAGAGGCAAACAGGUCUUUGUUAGCCACAUACGACGCAGAGAGGGUCCCCAUCGGACGGCUCGUGUCGGAAGAGUCAGGGGCCAUGGCUGAUGAGCAUGGUUUAAUCUCGACGUGGAAGAGUCUUCCAGCCAUCUGGGCUUUGGUCAAAAGGAUGCCGCGAUUGGCCGGGUACGGAUACAGCUAUACCUCGCAGGCAAUCAAUACGGAGGAUGCGACACCACUGUGGUGGAGGGCGAUCGGAUUGUUGCCGAGCCUGAGCUACAUUAUCGGUAUCGACGGGCAAGCGGGGACCCGCGCGCCGCAUCUCUGGGUCUCCUUGAAGGAUCGACGUAUAUCCACGCUUGACUUGUUUGGGAAAGGUUUUGUCGUUGUAGCUGGCUCAGAGGGAAACAUGUGGCAAGAGGUAGCUCCAAGGGUGGCGGCUACUCUUGGUGUCCAGUUGGCGUCAUAUCGCGCUGGUCCUUCCGGAGACCUCGUAGCCCCAUCGGGACGUUGGGAGUCGUUGGCAGGAAUCACCAAGAACGGCGCGCUUUUGAUGCGCCCAGAUGGCUUUGUAGCUUGGCGUUCAUGGACAACCCCUCCCAACGCCGAGAGGAAACUUGAGGAGGUCUUGAAGGGGGUGCUUUGUCGGUAG